GUUGUUUUUGAAUCUCUUACUCCCUCUCCUUCAUUCACUUCCUUACACUUUCUACAUUAUCUCCCUUUUUUUCUCGUUUUCAUUAGCUGCUGGGGCUUCUGGGAAAUUCCUGGCGGCUUAAUCAUUAAUUAUCACAGCCUCUCUCUCCACACUUUCUCCGGUUUCUUUGGAUUAAAUCAUAUAUUGUGGUUGUUCAUUUCAGCCUCAAUCCAGUACCAACAAGAAUGGGGAAAGCGACGGACUCUCAGGGCCUCCCCUAUUCCUACGCUGCUCUUCCGGAUGGACCCGGGUUUCGGGAAACUCCAUCACGCAGACCUUGGAAGAAGCAGAUAUUGGGGGUGUUUUGUGGGUUCUUAGCUGUGGCUUUCGUCGUGGCUUUUCAAUGUUACGAGGCAUCAUCCCGUAACGCUCAUUCUCCUGAUUCCACAUUGCCCAAAUCUGAGCCUCUUACUUCCACAGGGGCCGUGCCUUCCACCGAAUGGAAGCCUGUUUCCCGAGGUGUAUCGGCGGGGGUGUCCGAGAAGAGUAAUAACAGGCUGUUUGGUUCCUCGAUUCGUGAAUCUUUCCCAUGGAACAAUAGUAUGCUCUCAUGGCAGAGGACGGCUUUUCAUUUCCAGCCCGAGAAGAAUUGGAUGAACGAUCCCAAUGGUCCUAUGUACUACAAGGGAUGGUAUCACUUCUUCUACCAAUAUAAUCCUUACGGCGCAGUUUGGGGCAACGUUAUUGUUUGGGGACAUGCAGUGUCCAAAGACCUCAUCCACUGGCUUCACCUGCCCUUAGCGAUGGUUAAUGAUGAAUGGUAUGACACAUGGGGCGUAUGGACUGGUUCUGCCACCAUCUUACCCGAUGGCCAAGUCAUCAUGUUAUACACUGGUUCCACUAACCAAUCUGUGCAGGUUCAGAACCUAGCCUAUCCUGCUGACCCAUCUGACCCACUUCUUAUCAAAUGGAUCAAACACCCGGGUAAUCCAGUUCUUUUCCCACCACCUGGCAUUGGUGCCAAAGACUUUCGUGACCCGACCACUGCUUGGCUUACAUCAGAAGGCAAGUGGCGCAUCAGUAUUGGGUCUAAAAUUAACAAGACUGGCAUCUCAUUAGUUUAUGACACCAAGGACUUCAAGACUUUUGAGCGUCUAGAGGGAGUAAUGCAUGCUGUGCCUGGCACUGGCAUGUGGGAAUGUGUGGACUUUUACCCUGUCUGCACAAAAUCUGAUAGUGGGUUAGAGACCUCCGUGAAAGGGGCAGAUGUGAAGCAUGUGGUUAAAGUUAGCCUGGACGAUGAUAGGCAUGAUUACUUCGCAAUUGGGUCUUAUGAUGAAAAGAAGGUUAAGUUCGUCGCCGAUGAUUCGAAGAUUGAUGUUGGUAUUGGACUCAGAUACGACUAUGGCAUAUUCUAUGCAUCCAAAACUUUUUAUGAUCAGAGCACCCAGAGGAGAAUAUUGUGGGGUUGGAUUGGUGAGUCGGACAGCGAAGUUGCUGAUAUUGCCAAAGGAUGGGCUUCCGUUCAGAGUAUUCCAAGAACCGUGGUGCUUGAUAGGAAGACAGGGAGCAACUUACUUCAAUGGCCUGUUGAGGAGGUGGAGAAACUAAGAUUGAGGAGCAGUAAGUUCAAAAAUAUGAAGGCUGAGCCGGGGUCUGUGGUGCCAUUAGACAUAGAAGCAGCCACACAGUUGGACAUCCUUGCCGAGUUUGAGAUAGAUAAGGAAGCUUUUGAGAAGGCAACUCCCUCCGAUUUGUCGUACAUCUGCAGCACUAGUGGUGGAGCUGGAACACGAGGUGCUUUGGGACCUUUCGGUCUUCUGGUUCUAGCAGAUGCUGAGCUUUCUGAAUACACUCCAGUUUACUUCUAUAUCACUAAAGGAAGCGAUGGAAAUCUCACGACUUCUUUUUGCUCUGACCAGACCCGGUCUUCCUUGGCAAACGAUGUUCAUAAACAUAUUUUUGGAAGUGUCGUUCCAGUAUUGAAGGAUGAGAAGUUAUCAGUAAGAAUACUGGUGGAUCAUUCAAUAAUUGAAAGCUUUGCACAAGGAGGAAGGACGGUGGUGACAUCUAGGGUUUACCCAACAAGCGCAAUCUAUGGAGCAGCUCGCUUGUUCUUGUUCAAUAAUGCCACAGACGCCACCGUCACUGCCUCACUCACUGUUUGGCAGAUGAAUUCUGCAUUCAUACGCCCUUACAACCCUAAGCAGAGCAGUUAAAUGCUGUAAAAGUGGACCUCCAAUUUAAGGCAGGAAAGAUAAUGUGAGAUGUGAAAAUGCUGUAUAUAGAAAGUCCUUCAUCUCAAUUCUAUCCAACUUCUCAAGUUUCAAAUGUCGUUGUCGCUGGAAAAUCUGGUCUCACCCAGAAAGAAUGCUACAUGCUGAUAGGUUACAACUUUCUCAGAGAAGGAUGAUGUUGGAUAAAGCAUUGAGUUUAGUUUGUAGGAGGAAUCAGUCUACUGUUCAUCUUGUCCAAAUUUUGUUUCCUUAUUUUUGUUUUAUUUAUUGGCAGUCAGUCAGCUAUAUAAGUUUUGGACUGGUUCUCGUGUAUAUUUCUUUUUUCAUGAGUAUUAUCAUUGUUUCCUUUCAGCAAAAUAGAUGUAAAUGAGCUUCCAUAUUUCGGAAGCUUAUGAAUCAUGUCCUUUCAAUGACAACAAAGACGAGUCUAUGACGCCAUUUCCUUUA